AUGUGGCGUGCGUAUCUGCAAAGGACACUAGAAGCAGGCGAAGAACAAAACACUGACCCUCGCUUCCCGUGGACGGUCGAGUGGCAGAAGUUCUUGGAGCGAAAAACGUUGGACUCUAGGGAGAAAUUAGCGGAAUACCUGUAUCACCAAGAAGAGAAGGAGAAUGGUAUCGAGACGCGCGCUGGCAGUCUUUUUCGUUCCUUCCUCUCUGAAAUGGAAGAGCUUCUAGUAUGCCCAACUGGAUUAGCGGUCAUCAUGCAUACGGUGUUUCUCGCGCAAAAGUACGACAUGCUACCUCGCAACGAGCUGGCACAUGAGGUUGGGUAUCUCGCGAACGUUCUGGG